ACAGGCGGCUCGAGUGGCUAGUGCGGCAAACCGGGGGGAAAGAUAUAGCCAUCAUUUUUCUGUUGACCGCUCCCGAAUCUGUCAUUGACUUUACCAAGUUGGAACUAGAGCAAGUGCCUGUUCCGACUCCCCGUUCCCUCGAACCGAGAUAAGAUGACUUCAUCUCUCCAUGGGCGGUUCGCCAAUCUGACCAGAUGUGUAUACAGCGUCGCGAAGAAAUUUGGCUUCAUUGCCGUCAUCCCAGCUGUGUCGAUAUCCUCCCUCCCGAGUCUGUUAGUAUCAGUGGUACAAUUUUCUGGAUCUUUACAGGCGGACUCGAUGGCGAGAAACCCCGUACGCGGCGCUUCCAACACAGGGGUCUUGCUUGGGACCUGCGUCAAGGGCCCGCCACUGUCCGACUACCAGACCAGUGCACUGGCUGAGAUAGCUCCCGACCUCCAGCAUCUCGCCAAGCUAGUCGCAACAAAAGAGGGAAAGGCAAAGGUCAUGGACUGUCUCGGUACUGAAGACGGUGAGCGGCUCCUCACGUUUGCUUGCGGGGACGGCCGCCUGUAGUCCUAUGUCGAACUUGACAUGUCAGUGAGAGGACACAAGAUUAUGCGGCUGGUAUGACCAGAUCAUCACCAAAGUAGGACUGUGCAGGUUGGAAUUU